UGCCCAGGGUUCCCGCUCCUAGCCAGCAGCGGGAGCCGCAGUCGCAGCCCCGGAGCAGCGCCGGGAGCGCGGCCCGAGCGUCGUAGGCUCGCGAUCGCCAUGGCCGAGUUCCCGUCGAAAGUGAGCACGAGGACCAGCAGCCCCGCGCAAGGCGUGGGCGCAUCUGUAUCUGCGCUGCGACCGGACCUAGGCUUCGUGCGCUCCGCCCUCGGAGUGCUCGCGCUACUGCAGCUGGUGCUGGGGCUGCUGGUAUGGGCGUUGAUUGCUGAUACCCCAUACCAUCUGUAUCCUGCCUAUGGCUGGGUCAUGUUCGUUGCUGUCUUCCUCUGGCUGGUGACAAUCGUCUUCUUCGUCAUCUACCUGUUUCAGCUGCACAUGAAAUUGUACAUGGUGCCCUGGCCGUUGGUGUUAAUGGUCUUUUUUGUCACCGCCACGGUUCUCUAUGUUACUGCCUUUAUCUCCUGCGCAGCAGCAGUUGACCUGACAUCCCUGAGGGGCUCACGUCCAUAUAACCAGCGCUCGGCAGCCUCUUUUUUUGCUUGUCUGGUGAUGAUCGCCUAUGGAGUGAGCGCUUUCUUCAGCUUCCAGGCCUGGCGAGGAGUGGGCAGCAAUGCGGCCACGAGUCAGAUGGCUGGGGGCUACUCUUAAGCUAGCCAUGCUGUGGUCUAAAGCUGCAGCUGGGUCUUAGCACGGGGGUCCCCAGUCUUACUGGACUCAAGCUCUCCAGCACUCCCGAGGAUCAGGCCCAAGCUGGCACUGGUGGACUGCCAAGAGCCAGCAGUGGAGACUCCGCCCCAUCUCCCUUAUUCAGCAGAAGGUGACGGGGGAUGUGGGCUCUCGUGGCUCUGCCUGGUCAUCGGAGGACUUCAGUAGCCCAGGCUGGGCCACCCUUCUCACCAGCACUAAAUGUACUAACUGACCUUUAGCCUCCGACCUCCCAUAGUAUAAACCUAACAAGACCACAGUUUUAUUUUUGUCCCACGAGAAGCUGAGCAAGCCCACAGGCUGUUCUGGUCCCAUCAUCCCCUCCCCUGCCCCAAGCCAAUGUGUCACCCUUAGGCUUUUCUAGGAAGAGUUGGGAUUUCAGGGUGGACUGUUCCAGUUGGUUCCAAACAGUUUCCAAUGGUGGCAGGCCUUGCCGUGUUCCCUCCCCCAUGUGGAACUCUCCCUUUGGGAAAGCUGGCGUCAGUGCAGGGUGCUUCCCCCAGGCUGUUGAUUAGGCACUAGGGACUUUGAGGAGGGACAGAGGGAAGCAGGGCCUUGCCUGGUGAGUUGUCAUGGGGUUGGUGGUAACUCUUGUUUGGAAUUAUUUUUUACAAUUAAAAUAAAAAUCAAAGUG